CUUAGUGUGAAAGUUCCUUGGCUGUUUGUAUAAUACUCUCAGCCUUUUAGAUGAAAAAUACAAUCAAAUGUCAAUGUCAAAGUAAAAAGAAUUGAAGUUACGCUUAUUAUGGAGAAGUAGUGUUUUCAAUAAAAAUAGUAAUUACGUAAGAAGAAAACCAGCUUCUUCAUCAAUAAUAAUGUCUUUUUUCUUUAAACGCACCUUAGGUGCAACCACGAAUUUAGGGCGCUACAUUUUGAAAAGUAAUACAUCUCCUUUUCUUCAACGUAUAGCUACAAAAACUGAUCAAGCAGCCACCCAAGUUGAGACUCGUCCUACAGUGGCUAAAAUUGAUCCUUUACAAAAAGCUCACCUUGUUGAUUUUGGUAAAUACAUCGCAGAGUGCAUGCCUAAAUACGUACAGAAAGUACAACUGACUGCAGGCAAUGAACUCGAGAUUCUUAUUCCCACGGAAGGAGUUAUACCAGUACUGCAGUUUUUAAAAGAUCACCACAGCGCGCAAUUCGCCAAUCUUGUUGAUAUCGCUGGUAUGGACGUACCCUCAAGACCCAAUAGAUUCGAAAUUAUUUACAAUUUAUUAUCCUUGCGGUAUAAUGCUAGAAUUAGAGUGAAAACAUAUACUGACGAACUUACACCUGUAGAUUCAGCAUGUGACGUAUUCAAAGCUGCUAACUGGUACGAAAGGGAGAUUUGGGAUAUGUAUGGGGUAUUCUUUGCUAAUCAUCCAGAUUUAAGAAGAAUCUUAACAGACUAUGGUUUUGAGGGCCAUCCCUUCAGAAAAGAUUUCCCAUUAAGUGGUUAUGUAGAGGUACGUUAUGAUGAUGAGCAGAAGCGUGUGGUGGUGGAACCUUUAGAACUGGCACAAGAAUUCCGUAGAUUUGAACUGAGUGCUCCCUGGGAACAGUUCCCUAACUUCAGGAGCAACCCUGCUGCAGAGGAGGUCACUACUUCAUCAGAGGAAAAUCCUAAACAAAAUUAGGAUUUAUAUAGUAACUCUUUAUGUUGUACAAAAUAUACAAUAGCAAUACUUUAAAUUAAGUAAGUGCAAAUCUUACAACAGAAUGUGCAUUGUGUCUUUAAAAGCUUAAUCAUGUACUUCAGAAAUAAAUUCAAAAAUUGACACAUUAAAACUCAUUUCUUAUUAAUUUCCUGCAGAGCAAUUCUGUAAAAUUCCAAUCCCAAAUUCAAAUUCACUCAUUCACGUCAUUUAGUGAAGAAAAUUAGUUGAUUCCAUUUUUUUUUAACUCUUUUUAAAAAAAUACGGCCAGAUUAGCCAUGU